CUGAGACUCACUGUCAUUCAUGUCGCUCUCCUUAAAAACUCUUGCACACACACACUCAGACUCACACACACACUGGACUUUAAGGUCGAACAAGUAACUAUUUGACCAGGAAGGAAGAAAAGAUAGACGAUAGAAACACUGGAAAUAUUUGCGUCUCUUUCUUUCUUUCUUUUUUUAAACUUUAAACUUGGACACGAGGACUUUUUCGGCACAGGUGGAUACAAACCGCUUUCUAAACUUUUUUGUGGGUCAAACAAAGCAAAAAGGACAAAGUUUCUUGAUCUUUCUUUUUUAUUUACUGUUGGACUUUUGGACUUGGUCUUGGUGAGAGCGGAGUAAGAGGAAGGCGAUGGGGAGAUGGGUGUUACAUCUCUCGGUGGGGCUUGGGCUUCUAGCCAUCCUGUUGACCUUCUGUUAUGCUGAAGUGAACUACUGCUUCCUGGCCCGGGACAAGACCUGCUCCGAGUGCCUGCAGGCUGGGAAAGACUGCGCCUACUGCCCUGAUGAGAGCUUUGACGGCCCGCGCUGUGACCUGUCUGAAAACAUACGCGCCCACGGCUGCAGCGCGACUCUUCGCGCAACUAAAUCCGAGAAUAUUGUGAAGAAUAGAACACAGAUCAACAUGAGGCUCAGUCAGUCUCAGGUGUCUCCACAGCUGAUGAACAUGAGCUUCCUUCCGGGAGAGGAGAAGGUGGUGGACGUGGACGUGUUCUCCCCGCUCAAAGGUCCUCUGGAUCUUUAUAUUCUUAUGGAUUUCUCCAACUCUAUGGCUGAUGAUUUGGACAACUUGAAGAAGAUGGGCAAUAAGCUAUCUCAGUUGAUCGGGAAGCUGUCAAACGACGCCACCAUUGGCUUUGGGAAGUUUGUUGACAAAGUGAUUGAGCCCCAGACGGACAUGAGACCCUCCAAACUUAAAACGCCAUGGCCCAACAGUGACCCUCCCUUCUCCUUCCAAAACGUCAUCAAGCUGACCAACGAUGUGGGGGAGUUCACCAGAGAGCUCCAGAAGGAGAUAAUAUCUGGCAACCUGGACGCUCCUGAAGGAGGGUUUGACGCCAUAUUGCAGGCUGCAGUUUGUGGGAAUAGGAUUGGUUGGCGAAGCCACAGCACACAUCUCCUGGUUUUCUCCACCGAGUCAGCCUUCCACUACGAGGCAGAUGGCGCUAACGUACUGUCUGGCAUCCUGCCGCGCAACGAUGAACGCUGCCACCUGGACCCAGAGGGCAAAUACACAGAAGAUAUCAAUCAGGAUUACCCAUCAAUACCCACGCUGGUCCGCGUGCUAGGCGAGCACAACAUCAUCCCCAUAUUUGCUGUUACCAACCACUCAUUCACGUACUACCAGAAACUUAGCAAAUAUUUCCCCAUUGCUGAGGUCGGUCUGCUGCAAGAGGAUUCCUCUAACAUCGUGCAGGUCAUGGAGACCGCCUUCGAGAGUAUCCGUUCCAAGAUGAGCAUCCAUGCUGAAGAGAAGCCUAAAGCGUUCAAGGCUCAGUUCUUGUCGACCAAGGGAGAGCUUGCAGAAUACGGGUUGUUUAAUUUCCCGCCUGGAGCAAUUGGUAAGCUCAAGAUGCGUCUCAAAGCCGAGAGGAUGAUUGACGAAACGCCUGUGUGCCAGAGCAAUCAGAAUGAGAAGGAGGGGCUGAUGAGAGUCAAGCCCAGCACCUUCAAUAGCGGUUUCAACAUUGAGGCCUCGAUUCUGUGUCCGACCUGCGAUUGUGAGAAGACUCCCGUCCCUAAUUCAGCCAAAUGCCAUGGCAAUGGAGACAUGAUAUGUGGGAAGUGCAAGUGUUCUCCUGGCUGGUUGGGUGCAUUCUGUAACUGCUCAGAGACUAUUUCAGCUCAGGACACCUCACGUUGCAUAGGCCCGAACAUGAAGGAGCCUUGCUCAGGUCGCGGAGAGUGCAAGCUGUGUGGAGGCUGUGUGUGCUCCAACCCAGAUCAGUUUGAGGGACAAUACUGUCAGUACGACAAGACCCAGUGUCCACGAUCUGGAGGCUUCCUCUGCAACGACCGUGGCUCUUGCAUCAUGGGUAGCUGCGCCUGUAAGAAAGGCUGGGAGGGAAAUGCCUGCGAGUGUACCAAUAGCAACCAGACCUGUCUGGACAACAAAGGGGGUGUCUGCAAUGGGCUAGGUGAAUGUAAAUGCGGUCUCUGUAAGUGCAAAGAAACCGCCGUGGAGAUGACUUCGACCUGUGAGCCAAAUUUCCAGGCCCAGCUGGGCGUGUGUGAGGGUACAAGAGAUUGUGUCCAGUGUAAAGCCUGGAAGACGGGAAAGAAAGAGGGCUGUGAGAACUGCCCCUUCGAAAUUGUCAUGGUGGAUGAACUCAAAGAAGCGGACAAAGUGCGUGAUUCAUGCAGUUUCCGUGACGAAGAAGAUGACUGUACCUACUACUACACUGCUGAAGACCCCACAGAUAAAGCAGCCGGAAUCUUGAAGAUCCAAGUGCUCAAAAAGAAAGAUUGUCCCGCUGCCAGCCUCCUGUGGCUGCUCCCUCUCCUCUUGUUCCUGUUGUUACUGCUGGCACUCCUGCUGCUCUGCUGCUGGAAAUACUGUGCCUGCUGCAAAACCUGCUGCCAGAGCUGUCUUGCCCUGCUGCCUUGUUGUAGGAAAGGUCGCAUGGUCGGCUUCAAGGAAGAUGAGUAUUUGCUCCGCCAGUCUCUGCUCACCUCAGACCAUCUGGACACGCCAAUGGUGAGGACUGGCCCACCCAAAGGAACUGAUGUGGUUCGCUGGAAGGUGACAGAUAAUGUACACAGAGGACCCAAUCACCCCCAGGCUCUGACGAAGCCAAAUCCUAAAGAGACUAUCCAGUUCCCACUCUCCGUCCGGCUGAACAGGCUGUUCUCUGAUAUCCUGUCCCGCCCGGAAUCCAGAGAAGCUGACCAGCUUCGCAAAGAAGUGGCCGAAAACAUCAAUGAUGUGUACAAACAGAUUCCUGGGGCCCAAAAGGUGCAGAGGACCGCUUUCAGAAUGCAGAGAAAUGCUGGAAAAAGGCAGGACUACACCAUCAUGGACACUGUCUUGUCCGCUCCUCGUAGCAGCUAUCCUGAUAUUGUUAAACUCACAGAGAAAAAUGUCCAGUCUGGAAGCUUCCAAAACCUCAAGGUGGUGCCUGGUUACUACACUGUGGCCACAGACAGAGAGGCUUCGGGAGCGAUCGAGUUCCAGGAAGGUGUGGAGUCAGUAGACGUUCAUGUGCCGCUCUUUGUCAAAGAAGAAGACGACGACAAGAAGCAGUUGCUUGUGGAGGCUGUGGAUGUGCCACUAGGAAUUGCUGAGAUCGGAAAACGUUUGGUCAACAUCACCAUCAUCAAAGAGCAUGCCACCAGUGUGUUCUCGUUCCUCCAGCCGGCCUACACAUACAGCAGACAGGAUGGAGUGGCCAACAUUCCAAUCAGCAGGGAGAUCAUUGAGGAUGGACGAACCCAGGUCACAUACCGCUCACGGGACCUCACAGCCAAGGACAAAAAGGACUAUAUAACUGUGGAAGGAGACCUGACCUAUGCUCCUGGUGAGACCGAGAAGACAGUUCCUGUUCGUCUGCUGGAGCUGAGUGAGAAAGAUGGCCUCCUCGAAGAAAAACAGGUCAAGCAGUUUGUCAUGGACCUCAGUAACCCACGGCAGGGAGCAAAGCUGGGCCGCUACCCGAGAACUACUGUCACCAUAGCAGACCUGCCAGAGCCCAGCGUGAUGGCAUUCAAAAAGGACAGCCAGAGCUUCUCCACAUUUGACCCGACCUACACCAUUCCUGUGGUGCGUACUCGAAACCUGGAUAGCCCCGCCACAGUGAAAUGGCGUACAAAGAAGGCCCAGCGCUUCGAUCUCUCUGGAAUUCUGAAGUUUGGUCCUGGAGAAACAGAGAAGAACAUCGUGAUCGACCCGAAAAAGCAUCCUGGCCCAAUCGAGCCCGAGAAUUUCCAGCUAGAGCUGGCCGACCCAAGUAGCAAUGCUUCUAUUGGAGAGAGGAAGAUCACCCAAGUCAAUGUCACAGAAGGUGCUCUCCCUGAAACAAGUCCUGAGAUCAGCCACCUGACGCAGAAGCGUGCCGCCAACCCGAAAGGCCUCCCCCCUGGUGGUCUCCUUCUCGCUCCAGGAAACCCUGAAGCCAAAGCAACUGGACCCAGAAAUAUUCACCUGAACUGGGACCCACCACCUGGUAACCCAAUGGGCUACAAGGUGAAGUACUGGAUAUAUGGGGACCCAGAGAAAGACGCCCAGGUCUUGGAUGUGAAGACUCCUCAAGCUGAGUUGACCAACCUCUACCCGUAUUGCGAUUACGAGAUGCGAGUGUGCGCUUACAAUUCAAUCGGAGAAGGCUACAAUACAGACAUGAUUGCCUGUCAGACCCUCGAAGACGUUCCUGGUGAACCAGGACGUUUGGCCUUUAACGUCAUCAGCCCGACCGUCACUCAGGUCAGCUGGGGGGAGCCUGCAGAGACAAACGGCAACAUCACAGCCUACGAGGUCAUCUACACUCCAAUCGAUGAUAACCUGAAGCCGGAGGGCGCUGCCAAGAAAGUAAAGAUCGACAACCCCAAGAAACGAAUGCUGCUGAUCGAAAACCUUCAGAAAUCCCAAUCCUACCAGUACAAGGUCCGUGCCAAGAACAGCGUGGGCUGGGGUCCUUUCAGAGAUGCUUCCCUCAACCUUGCGACACAGCCUGCCAGACCACUGUCCAUUCCCAUUAUUCCAGACAUCCCUAUUGUGGAUGCAGAGGCAGGAGACGAGUACGACGGAUACCUGAUGUACAGCAAUGAGGUGAUGAAGUCCCCUGGAGGCUCCAAGACUCCCAGCGUCUCUGGUGAUGAAUUCGCGAUGAACGGGAAGUGGGAGCAGAACUUCCUUUUCCCCGGGGGAUCGGGGACACGCAACCUGUCAUCGUCUUCCUCUCCUAUGUCCACCCUGAGCUCGAACUACAGAGUAGGAGGAGGAGGAGGAGGAGGCAGCAGCUCCUUCACCACAGAGACAUCGACCACCUACAUGUCCGGAGCAGGGGGUUCUCGAAGGCUGGAUAUGAUUGGAGGUGGAGUUCAUACAUCGGAUGUCAUCAUGAGGAAGCGCUCGGAGAACAGGGGUUACACAGAAGAGAACAUCCGGGACUCUAUUGUCAUGGGAGAUGUGUCGGGCAAAUUUCAAGAUAUGGCGCCAUCAGGUGGUUUCGGCUACACUGGGAUGCAGAGCAGCUCUCUGAGCCAGUUCAGCUACAGCCUGCCUCAGGUUUCCAGGUCCAGGACCCAGUCUUCAGAUGUCAACGAAGCCUUAUAUAGUCUGGACAGGGUGCUCCAGGAUGCACGACUUUCCCCUGGGGUCCCAGACACCCCCAGCAGACUGGUGUUCUCCGCUCUGGGUCCCACUGCCCUCAAGGUCAGCUGGCAGGAGCCCCUAUGUGAGAAAAGCAUCCUUGGCUACUGUGUCCUCUACCAGCUGAUCAAUGGAGGUGAUGCAAAGCGCAUCAACGUGACGAACCCAGCAGAGAACUCUGUGAUCAUCCAGGACCUGCUGCCCAACCAAUCCUACCUAUUUAAGGUGAAGGCUCAGAGCCAGGAGGGCUGGGGCCAGGAGAGAGAAGGAGUCAUCACCAUCGAGUCUGCAGUCGAUCCCUCGAGUCCCCUCUGCCCAAUGCCAGGCUCACCAUUCACUCUGAGCACUCCCAGUGCUCCAGGCCCCUUGAUCUUCACUGCUCUGAGCCCCGAUUCGCUGCAGCUCACCUGGGAGAAACCUCGCAAACCCCUCGGAGACAUCCUGGGCUACGUGGUCACCUGCGAACAGCUGCAUGGCGGAAGUGACACACGUUCCUUCCAGGUGAGCGGCGACAGCGCUGAGACCAGCCACACUGUUCCCAACCUGACUGAGAAUGUUCCCUACAAGUUCAAAGUUCAGGCUCGAACCACACAGGGCUUCGGUCCAGAGAGGGAGGGCAUCAUCACCAUCGAAUCUCAAGAUGGAGGUGCAAUGUCUCAGUACAAUAGCCAGUCAAUGUCGAUGAGGGAUGUUUUCCAGAUGCCAACAGAGGUCAGCACACGGACCAACAUCUCACACACCAUGCUCGACGACCCCUACUUCUCAGAGGGGAUGAUGAUGACCACACAACACUCGGAGACCAGCGGCAUGGUGACUCGUCAGAUCACCAAGGAGGUGGUUGAGAGGGGCUUCAUAGGAGGAACAACUGUCACAAAGAAGAUGUUUUAUGAAUCCUAAGAUUCUAUUUAGCUGUGCCCAAGUUCACACCCAAAUGAUGAAUUAGCCAGUUCAUUUUGUUACCGCCAAUAAUAUUUAAUGGUAUUUUUCUACCAGCAUCACCAACUUGAGGCUCAGGACUCAGGACGAGCAAUCCUGCGAGCUGCUUCUACCUUCUGCUUCUUUUGUUUAAUAAUCGUUCAACUUCCUUUAAUUAGCUCUGAAAUUCUGAACAACCCCAAAAAGUGUUUUCAGACGUCUUGAGCCGUGUCUCAGGUUGAACCCGACUGAGACCACCUCUUUUGGUCUGACUCAGUUUCAGUCUGUAGAUCUGGACCCCUAGUCUGAGGCAACUUAUUUUCAGACCUGUUAUUUUGGUUCUUGUAGCCCCUAAACUAAAAAGCGGUGACAUGGUGGUUAGCCCUGUUGCCCUCACAGCAAGAAGGUUCGAAUCCCAGUUCGGGCGGGAUCUUUCUGUGUGGUGUUUGCAUGUCAUCCCCAUGUUUACGCUGGGUUUUCUCCGGGUUCUCCAGCAGUCAGAAUACAUGUAAACAUAUGCAGAUUGGUAGAAGGUUAAUUGGAGACUUUAAAUAGACCAUAGAGAGAAUAUGAGUGUGAGUGAUUGUUUGUCUCUGUAUGCUGGCGACCCACCUUUACUGGGAUUGGCUCCAGUUUACCCUUUGACCCUUCAAAAGGAUAUGCAGUAUAGAUGGACCAAAGUCCAGCCUAAACAAGUAGUUGUUACAGAGCUCUGAGAUUCUCUGUCACACAGUUAGUUAUAUUUUGGGCGUGGGUUUGAUAUUCUGCGAUCAAAAAAAACAAAAGUUGAGUGAUACAAGUGUAAAUAAAAGAAGAGGAGGCUGUUCUGUUCCUCUGUCACGUCUGUUACGCACUGUGGUCACUGUGGUCACUGUGGUCACUGCAAUCAGCGACGUGUGUUUUGACUCUUUCAGAAUGAAAUCGCCAAAAUCCUCAACCCGUGUUUUGUCUGAAAGCUUUCUGAUCUGCAGGAAGGUCUGGCUUCGUGUUUGUGGCGGACGCUUUGCACAUUUCAUUUUUAUCGGUCCUGAGGUGAGGGGGACUUUUGUUUCAUAAAUUUGUAUGAUAUUAAAAUAUGAUAAGGCUUACUUCCAGCAUAUUUCAUACUGCUUAAAAUAUUUUUAUCCAAGCGGAUUGACUUAAAUGAAUUAAAUGCCAAAUAUAGAAAGAUGUUAUACACUCGUUUCCUAAUGUCAAGCUAAGGGGAUUGUUAUGAACUCAAAACUCGAUUUGAUACAACAUGCUUUUGCGUUUCAGAUGUGUAAUGGUGUUUCCUGUGUGUUUACCGUUGUAUUUUGCAUUUCGAGUGGAUUAACAUUUCAAUGAGAGCUUGUUUUUAAAAGGAACGGUAUGUAAAGACAGAGAGAUUGUAUUUGCUUCAAUGCAUGUCCUACUGUGUUUUGGGCUUGAAUUUAGAUGAAAAUGCUUUUGUAAAACAUUUUGAGAGGAGGAUUUUUGUUAAGAAAUAAAGAUACCUAUAAGUGAAUUUCACAAAAAAAA